CUCACCUUCGCGCGCUGCGGCCUUGCUGCCCUUCACCCGUCCAAGCCCGUUCAACCAUCUCCAUCUACGGUCGGUGAUUGCGCGCUGCACAUCUCGGCGCCGCCAUGGGCAACGUCAGCAGCGUGCCCGACGAGGGCGCAGCUCUGUACCUCAGAGAUCAGAAUCGCUUAUCCAUCUCUUCCGCUGUCGUAACUAGCCCCAAGAGGCGCACCUCACUCAACAUCGUUCCAAAUGCAUUUCCGGCUACGAGAGUAUCCGCAUCACGAGCCUCCGGCGAUACCACCCCCAUCGACUUUGUUCUCGAUUCCGAACACACUAGUCCCGGUGCUGGCCCCGUGUUCCUACUCAAGCUCACCAACGACGACGAUCUCGUCUUCACCUUCUCCUUCGUUAUUCGCCGAUCCCAGCAUGUUGUCCAGAAUCCAGCAGGCGGUGUUGAGGCGGUGGCUCCGGUGGACACCCAGAUCAACGGCCUGACCUUUGUCUUUGCGCCGACGGCCCGAGACGUCGAGAACCUGGUGACCCGCGAGUUCCAUGCCGAUCCGAACCUCCACAAGAAUGCAAAUGUCUCCCUUGUUGGGACCUAUUCUACAGAAGGAAGCCCCUCAGUAACAUUUGAUUGGACCUGGCGAUGGAAGCCACCCAAGAAUACAGAGGACAGGGGCGGCGGCUGGAGGAAUUCAUGCAGCUUUGUCGAGUACGACCAGCGGGCCCAUCGACUGAUAACCUUGGCCAGCUUCUCAUUUUACGUCGCCAAUGCAUCACCGUAUCUCAGCCAGCCCAACUCGCCGACGCCUCCUCUCCUCAGUGCUCCUCCCAAGGUUCGCGUGGUUUCCGCGCAGUCGCUGGAGUCCCAGAUCAGCACCAUUCCGGAGCACGAGGAGGUCGUCUCUCUUCAGCCGCCCAGCGGCGACGUGGCCAACGGGCCCCCAUCCGCCCCACAGGCUCCCCCCAAGGAACCCAUCAAGGUCGAUGUGCCAUGCCCUCGACCGGCCGAAGACAUGUCCUUGUCCGACGACGGGCCGGUCUUCCGCGCCACCAUGAAGGCGCUGGAGCAGAAGACGGGCAACAUGCGGAUGCAGAUGAAGAGGCUGAUCAAACGGGCUGAGCACGUCCACCAAACCCAGCAGGAGGCCAACGAUGCGUUUGCUUCCUUCAUGGAGGUCCUGAAAGAAGUCUCCGCCACGAAUGCCAACGCGGUCCAACCUGCCAUCGAGCAUUACUUCGACAACAUCGCGCGAGAGAUCCUAUCGUACGAGCGACAGAACACGGCUAACCUACAAAAGAUCGUCAUCGACCCGGUCAACAGGCUGUACCAGAUGGACAUCAAGCAGGCCGAGGCCAAGAAGCGCGAUUUCGAGGAAGAGAGCAAGGAGUUCUAUGCCUAUGUCAGUCGGUACCUGGGCCAGCGCCACGACUCGGUCAAGGCGAAGCAGAGCGAUUCCAAGUAUCAGACCAAACGCAAGAACUUUGAGCUCAAGCGCUUCGACUAUUCGUCCUUCAUGCAGGAUCUGUCAGGCGGCCGCAAAGAGCAGGAGGUUCUGUCGCACCUCACCAAGUACGCGGAUGCCCAGGCUAGGUGCUUCUUGCGCACCGCGAAGAAGGUCGACGAGCUGCUUCCCCAGCUCGAAGCGCUGUCCACAGAAGUCCAGGAAGCGGACAAGGAGUACCAGUACCAGCGCCGCGAACGGGAGGAGAAGAGGCGGCAGCUGGAGAAGGGCAAUCUCACCUACACUGAGCCUGAACCGCCUGCUACCGCGUCGGGGCCCGGCGCGGCGGCCGGCCACGCGAACGGGAAUCCGGCGUCCACCUCGGACACCGAGAUCAAUCGCGCCGACAGCACAGGAUCCCAGCUCAAGCCGACUCGGUCUCUCAACGCCGGCAACGCGCCCAACGGUGCCGACCUGUCGAGGUCACCCGGCAGCUUGACGCAGCAGGGCGCGGGUAGCAAUCCGCUGCAGAACCCCAAGUUCAAGGGCAUUCGCGACCUGGAGGAGCGGGACCCGAACCAGGGGACGCUCUCCGACAAGGAGGGGCCAAACCGGAAGGAAGGCCUGCUUUGGGCCCUCAAUCGUCCCGGCGGCCACGUAGACCCGCGCAGCCUGAACAAGCCGGGCUGGCACAAGUUUUGGAUCGUCCUCGACCAGGGGAAGCUGUCCGAGUACAGCAACUGGAAGCAGAAGUUGGAUCUUCACAUGGAACCGAUCGACCUGCGUCUCGCCUCCGUCCGGGAGGCCAGGAACGCGGAUCGUCGUUUCUGCUUCGAAGUCAUCACGCCCCAGUACAAGCGAGUUUACCAAGCAACGUCGGAAGAAGACAUGCAUAGCUGGAUCACGGCUAUUAACAACGCGCUACAGAGCGCCGUCGAAGGCCGGGCGUUCAAGGACAAGCCCUCGACGGCCCACGGCGACUCGGGCCUCAAUGGGGUGGACAUCGGCUCGAUGCUAGUGGGCAAGAGCUCGUCCGUCAGCCAUGCCAGUCACAGCAGCAGCGCGAUCCCCUUCAGGCGAACAACCGUUGGCGCGCGCCCCAACACGUCCCGCGGCGCCAGCUUCGAGGAGAGGCCCGACAAGCUGCUGCAGAUGCUGCGCGAGAACGACCAGGGCAAUUGCUGGUGCGCCGAGUGCGGGUCCAGCAACAAAGUCGAGUGGGUUUCGCUCAACCUCGCAAUCAUCGUCUGCAUCGAGUGCAGCGGCAUCCACCGGUCCCUAGGCACGCACGUCAGCAAGAUCCGGUCCCUCACGCUCGACACCACCUCGUUCACGCCCGAUAUCGUCGAGCUGCUACUCCUUGUCGGCAACAGGGUCUCCAACAUGGUUUGGGAGGCGAGGUUGGAUCCGGCCAUGAAGCUUACGCCCCAAGCAACCCGGGAGCAGCGGUUCAACUUCAUCAAUGCCAAGUACGUCAACCGCGCGUUCGUCGAGCCCAUCUCGUCCACCCUGUCGCGCUUCGCCACCGCGGACGAGACUCUCCUCGCGGCCAUCAAGCGCAACGAGAUCCAGCAGAUCAUCUAUGCCCUCGCCCUCCAAGCGAACCCCAACGUGACGGACAAGUCCCGCGGCACGCACGCCGUCUACCUUGCCCUCGCCGCGGCCGACCCGGCGCCCCCUUCACCAAUCCCGCCACAGUCGCAAGCAUCGGCAGCCCCGGCCGUCGACCGGGUGGUACCGUUUCCCGUGGCCGAACUGCUGAUCCAAAACGGGGCCGAGAUACCAGACGCGCUGCCGCAGGUGCCGCUCAGCCUGGCCGCGCAGGCCUACGUGGAGAUGAAGCGCGGCCGCAAGGCCGCCAUCGAGGCCUCGGGCUCGUACGACAGCCCCUCCGCCUCGGGUUCGACCUCGGCUUCGGCCUCGGCUCUGUCGUCUUCCACCCCCGCCACGUCCGCGCUCGCCGACAACAACGGCGGUGCGAACAGCGGCAGCAAGUUCCAGCGCGACAGGGAGGCCCGGCUGCAGAAGCGCGUCAGCGCCGGCGGCAGGCUGGCCAAGUCGCCGAUUCCGGAACGCUAGGGCGCGUUGGGGGUCGCCGUCGUCGCCUGCGGCGUGCCGUUUCUGUCUCUCAGGUCCGGCAGGCAGCGGAGCGAGGGGUGUUCUUCUUCU